CUGAAUUUCUUCACUGAAGGUUGGGAGGGGUCCCACGGCUCCCCCUCGCUGCCCGAAGUGGCCCUUAGCGGGGGGGUGUCCCCGGGUGUGUCCCCGCAGGGGGGACCUGCCGUGGUGCUGCUCCAAGAUGCACAGGACCACCAGGAUAAAGAUCACUGAGCUCAACCCCCACCUGAUGUGCGCCUUGUGCGGCGGCUACUUCAUCGACGCCACCACCAUCGUGGAGUGCCUGCACUCCUUCUGCAAAACCUGCAUCGUUCGCUACCUGGAGACCAACAAGUACUGCCCCAUGUGUGAUGUGCAGGUGCACAAAACCAGGCCCCUCCUCAGCAUCAGGUCAGACAAGACCCUCCAGGACAUUGUGUACAAGCUGGUGCCAGGGCUCUUCAAAGAUGAGAUGAAGAGGCGGCGAGACUUCUACGCAGCCUACCCCAUGGCAGAGGUUCCCAAUGGCUCCAACGAGGACCGCGGGGAGGUGUCGGAGCAGGCGAAGGGCAGCCUGCCGGAGGAGGAGAUCGUCAGCCUCUCCAUUGAGUUCUAUGAAGGAUCCAGAGAGGAGAAGAAAGGAGCCGUGGAGAACGGAGACCUGGAGAAGGAGAAGAACGGCGUGAGGUUCCUGCGUUGCCCUGCGGCCAUGACCGUCAUGCACCUGGCCAAGUUCCUCCGCAACAAGAUGGAUGUGCCCAGCAAGUACAAGGUGGAAGUGCUCUAUGAAGAUGAGCCCCUGAAGGAGUAUUACACCCUGAUGGACAUUGCCUACAUCUACCCCUGGAGGAGGAACGGGCCCCUGCCGCUCAAGUACCGCGUCCAGCCCGCCUGCAAGCGGCUCAAGCUGGCACCGCUGCCCCCUUCCGAGGGCACCAACACCAGCGGCGCCUCCGAGUGCGAGUCGCUCAGCGACAAGGCUCACAGCCCUGCCACCCUGCCCGCCACCUCCUCGUCCUUACCCAGCCCUGCCACCCCCUCCCACGGCUCGCCCAGCUCCACCACCACCGGCAGCGGCACCGCUCUCAACGGCACCGCCUCCUCGAACUGCCACCCCCUGCCCCCCCGGGGCCGCAAAACGACUGUGAACGGCAGCGUGGGCAGCGCCUUGAGCUAGGCACCGGGGGCGGCACAGGGACUUCGCUGCUGCUGCUGCUGCCUCUUGCCUCUGCCUGGGCUCUCUCUUAUCUAUAUAUUAUAUAUAUACAGCUCGAAAUGUAUCUAUGUGUA